AUGGGCGCCAAUCGCAUUGCUCCCAAUACGCGAACUAAGCAAGGAUUCGAAGCCAUGGUCGGCAUGCACUGCAUCGCCACACUCCUCUUCACCGAUCUUCUGCGUCCGCAGCUGCGCGCAGCCGCCGCAUCUCAGCCCCCUGGUGCCGUGCGCGUAGUCUGGACGUCGAGCUUCCUAGCCGAGGGCGGAUCCCCGGUAAAUGGCGUCGAUUUUACUACGCUGGAGAAAGGCACCGACGAUCGCAUUCUCAAUUAUGCCGUGUCAAAAGCCGGCACCUGGAUGCUGGGUCGGGAGAUGGCCCGCCGAUACGCGGCGGACGGCAUUCUCAGCGUUGUGCAAAACCCAGGAAACCUGAAGGCAGGCUCGUACGAGGGGACUCCAGCCCUGACUAUGUGUCUCGUACGGCCUUUGUUAUAUGACGCCCGCUUCGGCGCCUACACGGAACUGUACUGUGGUCUCAGCCCCGAAAUCACGACGGAGACAAACGGUGCCUAUGUCAUUCCUUGGGGGAGGGUAAGGCCAGACAAGGACUGCCCUCGAAGGGACAUAAUCAAUGCCAUGACACCCGUCGAGGAGGGAGGACUAGGACAUGCCACUAAGUUCUGGGAAUGGUGUGAGGAGCAAUGGAGACCGUUCAUUGAGACAACAACAGAUUCCUCGCCAUCCGCUCAUACAUAG